GUGUACUUAUUGGCUAGGACUAAUAGAAAUAUUGGGAAAAGAAAUAAUGUUUAAGGCUGAAUAGAUAAUGGUGCUUAUCCCCAGGGACUUUUGUGUUGCAAGACCCCUGGUUUUGUGUCUCUAAUUUCUGCUUUCUCUCCAAGUUUGAGGAGCCAUAAAAAGCAUUUAGAAGUUGGAGUCAUCUCCAGUUCAUGUUAUGUUCUCUUUACAUUAGAGGUGGGCGUCCUGCCUUUUGCUUUCUCUAUUGUUUUGAGCUUCCAGAAGGGCUUAAACAUAUUGCAGUAGAGGUUUAUUAGCCUGGAGUAGUUGAGCUAGGAAUGACAUAUGGUGUUUCAUGUUUUCAGUCGGUAUGCACUACUAAGCUGUUGCUGUGUUUCACCCCAGAGGCGAUGCGGGGUUCAGUGAUGGGUAAAAUUAAUCCUGUAGGUGCUUUAUCUGGUAGCUAGGCAUCUUUUGGCGUGUGAGGAUGGAAGUAUUGCUGAGGUGAGUGUUGCAGAAACCUCUAAAGUAGUUAAGGAAUUAAUUCAUCACUUUCUGUUCACUGGAGUGUUAUUCUGCUGCUGAAGUGAUUGUGUGAGACUAGCUAUCAAAGGUUCCAUAUUCGUUAUGACUUUAAAUUAUUUUUGUAUUAAAUUUAUGGAGAAUUUAUCUUCUCUGCAUAGAACAGAACUAAUCCAGCUUAUAUGAGCUUCUUUUCAUCUUGAUAAUUGUUAUAAGUAACUGGAGAUUCUGCAGAUACAUUUACGCUCUUCUUCAGAGCUCAGCAGUUGUGGUGAGCUAUUUUCCUUUCUGCACUAAAACUACUUGAUGCUUUGUAAGGAAAUGGGAAAAGCAAGUUCAGCUUGUCAUGAGGUAUCUCCUCCAGAAGAGGCCUACCUUAUCUUUACUGAGCCUAAAAGGACCAUACACCUCUAGAACAGAAUUACUUUGCUCUCAUGUUGACUUCUUCCUUAACCUAAGUGAACAGCACAGCAAAUGGUCUCCCUUCUAACAUCUGCGUGGCCCCUAUUAGACAGUGCUGUGCUGCAGGAGAAGCUGAGGACAUUGGUGGCUGUGCACAGGGUGAAAAAUUUGGCCCCUUUGCAGGGGAGAAGCGAAUGCCUCAGGAACUGGAUGAGAACACAGACUGCAGGCUCAUGUGGGAAGUUCGUGGCAGCAAAGGUGAAGUCCUUUAUAUCUUGGAUGCAAGCAAUCCACGCCAUUCUAAUUGGCUGCGUUUUGUCCAUGAAGCUCCAUCUCAGGAACAAAAGAAUUUGGCUGCAAUCCAGGAAGGGGAAAAUAUUUUCUAUCUUGCUGUGGAUGAUAUUGAAACAGACACAGAACUUCUGAUUGGGUACUUGGACAGUGACAUGGAAGAAGAGGAGGAAGAUGAGGAGGAAGUAACUGUUAUCCAGGAAGAUGAAGACAGUGGCAACAAUAAAGAAAUGCAACCAGCUGGUGAAAAAAUUGCAGAUCCCCUUACUUGUAAAGAAGACCAUGCAUGCCCAAACUGUGAGUCCAGUUUUGCAAGCCAGGAGAUUCUAGCUGAACAUCUUCAGACAUUGCACCAAAAACCCAGUGAGGAAAAAGAAUUUAAGUGCCGAAACUGUGGAAAGAAAUUCCCUGUUAAACAAGCUCUACAAAGACAUGUACUUCAGUGCACAGAGAAUAUCAGCCCAGGAGACUCUUCAAGAAGUUUUCAGUGUUCUGUUUGCAAUACUUCCUUCAGCUCAGAAACGAGCUAUGAACAGCAUAAGGAGGCAUGCAGAGGGGAUGCCAGAUUCAUAUGCAAGGCAGAUAACUGCGGGAAGAGGUUCAAGAGUAAGGAUGCCCUGAAAAAACAUAAAGAAAAUGUUCAUAGUGGAAAUUCUAGGAAAAAGCUGACGUGUUCAGUGUGCAAUAAGAAAUGUUCCUCAACAACAAAUCUUCAAGAGCAUCGAAAGGUUCAUGAGAUCUUUGAGUGUCAGGAAUGUGACAAGAGAUUUAUUUCAGCUAACCAGCUAAAACGCCAUAUGAUAACUCAUUCAGAAAAACGCCCCUACACCUGCGAGGUUUGCAAUAAGUCCUUCAAACGACUUGAUCAAGUGACUGCACACAAAAUAAUACACAGUGAAGAUAAACCUUAUAAAUGCAAGCUUUGUGGAAAGGGAUUUGCCCACAGAAAUGUUUACAAGAAUCACAAGAAGACCCAUUCUGAAGAGAGACCGUUCCAGUGUGAGGAAUGCAAAGCUUUGUUCCGAACCCCGUUUUCUCUGCAAAGGCAUCUACUAAUUCAUAACAGUGAGAGGACAUUCAAGUGUGAUCACUGCGAUGCUACUUUCAAAAGAAAGGACACCUUAAAUGUUCAUAUUCAAGUUGUACAUGAUGGACAUAAAAAAUAUAAGUGUGAUCUCUGUGACAAGGCUUUUGUGACACCGUCGGUCCUGAAAAGUCACAAAAAAACUCACACAGGUGAAAAAGAAAAAAUUUGCCCCUAUUGUGGACAGAAAUUUGCAAGCAAUGGAACACUGAGAGUUCAUAUUAGAAGCCAUACAGGUGAGCGUCCUUACCAGUGUCCUUACUGUGACAAAGCUUUCAGCAAGAAUGAUGGACUAAAGAUGCAUAUUCGCACCCACACAAGGGAAAAGCCAUACCAGUGUUCUGAGUGUAACAAGGCUUUCAGUCAAAAACGAGGCCUAGAUGAGCACAUGAGAACCCACACCGGAGAGAAGCCGUUUCAGUGUGAUGUUUGUGAUUUGUCCUUCAGCCUGAAAAAAAUGCUGAUUCGACACAAGCUGACUCACAACCCCAAUCGCCCAAUGGCAGAAUGCCAGCUUUGCCACAAGAAGUUUACAAGAAAUGACUACCUCAAAGUGCACAUGGAAAAUGUCCACGGUGAAACUGACAGCUAAUUAUGAUGUGUAAGAAGAAUGGAUCUCAUGUUCCAAAGUGUGUGGAACACUUGCAUGUGUACAUACUCCAGACUUCUCACCUGACUAGUAGACAUGGUCAGGGAAAACAACUGUAUUCGCAUGUUAUUUUUCUCACUUUUUUAAUAUGUUAGCAGGACAAAACAAAGACAUUCACUUGAAGUAAAAUGUAGCUUGAAAAUAAAAAGUCGAAGAGACAAUUUGGUAAGAUUUUAUCGUAAUUUAAAAUGAACAAACAAAAAUAUCCAACCAGCUUUAAAUAAAUUCUACUUUCUCAAUUACAGCCUUAAAAAUCUAGAUAUUAGUGAUACUGACUGGAAAUCUUGGACAUCUGAAGCUGAACCCCUGGCUGUCUGCAACUUUUUCUAUAUCAAAGCUUUGCAUUCCAUCGCAGAUCUUAAAGUACAAACCAGGAAGAAUUUGUCUAUGUGAUUGAUUGCUGAUUCUAUCCAGACAUAUUAUAUUCAACUCUUACAAUGCUGCAUUUUAUUGUGACAUGAUUUUGUCUCAUUUUAUUUACAGCUUUUUCAUUACUAAAUGGAACUCAUUAACUUGUAUUGGUUCUUGAAAUGCCAGGAUGUUAAUGAGCCACGGGAGAAAUACACCUAAGUAACAAUGAAAUUCUCCCAAAUAUCAGAUUGAGUUGUUUACUGGAGUAAAACUCAGGAAAAGAGCUACCAUAGGACUUCCUUGUGUCACAUAUACAUAACUAAGAAAUUGUUAUUUACUAGAAUAGAAAAAAAUGUAACUUCAGAGAGUGAUUGGGUGUGAAAAUCCUGAUAUGGGUGUGACAAUCCUGUGUGCCCCGGUGGCGCAGUGGUAGGAAUGCCACGUUGCAACACCGGAGGGCCUGGGUUCAAAUCCAGCCCUGUGGUGCAAGUGGUAGAAGUGCCUCUCUGCUACACAGGAGGCUCAAAUCCCAGUGGUUGGACUCGAUGAUCUCUAAGGUCCCUUCCAACCCGCACAAGACUGUGAUACUGUGAUAUAUCAGCAGUUAAUAUUAAAACUCGGCCACUGGCAAAUUUUCGUAUUCAUUUUAGACAAUGUUUUAUAAAACGAAGUAGUGUUGGAACAUCCCGGUUCUAGUUUUUAUGGGAAGAGAGUUCAGCUUUUCUGAACUGCAGUAGAAACAACUGGAUGAACAGCAUGAUUUUUUUUUUUUUUUAAAUCUCACUUUCUUCUCAUAUCUGUCGUGAUAGAUUUUUUCAACCAGCACCGCAACAGAAAUAACAAUAGAUCUUCCCUGAGUUACAUAUGAUCAGUUAGGCUUUAAUGAGUUACCUGCAAGGUUUCUGCAGGCAAAGGUGUGAUCUUUAGCCAAAUCUGCAAAUUUGAUAUUAGAACCGUGUCCCCUAGUUCAAUAUUAAAAAUGAAUAAGACAUAGUAAGGCAACAGGCAUAGUCUGCCGGACCAUAUCGUAACUGUUUAAAAUAAGCCAUUGCAUUUACAUACAGAGAUAAAUCCAUAUGAAGGGGGUUCUGAAUGAGAAUUGCAUGUGAAGAAUACAGUUAAUACAGUGUUGUUCCUUAACAUACCAGUUCAGUGUAGAACAAGUGACUUAGAUGUCGCACUGAUGUAUGAAAGAAGAUUGCAUCACUACAUGUAUGUGUUAUGUAAUCUUGUGUUAUGUUAUAAUCUCUACCCUGCAAAGUUAUAAAGUCUAUGUUCUUUUAAAUUUCAAUUAAACAUGGAACCUUUUUUUCAA